AUGGAUGAGCAACAUUUCGAACAAGUUGGAAGUUUAUUUCACAAUGACUUACAAAAGAAACCAAACGAAGCAUUGGAAAUACUCAAACGGUUAAUGACAAGAGCCGGUUUUAUUAUUGGUAAGCAAGGGGAAACGACUCUUCUUGGAGGCUUCAGCCACCAUUGUGUGGUUUUCGAUGGUGAGCCAUUACCCGUCAUGACCACAUUGAAUGACAAUGUGACAUUGGCAGUUGACUCUGGUAUCUUGACCCUGUCUGUCCCAGCAGCAGCAUCAGCAGCAACAACAGCUUCAGCAGCAGAAGCAGAAACAACCACAGCUUCAACAGCAGCAGCAGCAACAAAAACACAAACAACAACAACAGCAGCAUCAGAUAGAGCACCUGCAGCAAGAGGAUCGACUGUGGUAGAAGAGGUGCAAGCGGCAGUAGAUGCUGCGUCAAGAUUGACAGCGGAAGCAGCAACAGCAUCAGCAAGUGAAAUUCCAGAUCAAGCUUAUGAUGAUCUUCGAAGCAAAAUGGUGAUUCGCUUAGAAAAAAAUAAUACGCGUGCAUAUUUAACAACAUUGACAGAAAGAGCCGAAGAAUUAAAUAAUUUGGUUAAUCAAAUUGGAAUUGGUGACGCAUUUAGACGAUCAUUGGGCUCAGCUGAUAUUAAAGAAUUUACUGGCGGAAUCACCCAGAUUGAAAAAACCAUCACUUUUAAAAAUCUGCCAGUGAAGCGCAAGACGAGAUGGUUCGAAAUGGUGUUCCAUCAGCUUCAUUUUAUGUCAAAAAAGUCAGGGGGAGAACGGGUCAUGCGACUGUAUGGUAUGCUUGGCAUGAAGGGAAUUCUUGCUGUAGAAAUUAUUACUAUCACCUAG